AACCUCUUCAUUGAACAAAUCUGUUGCUCCAUUUCUUUGGAACAUUCAUAAUGAAAGAUAUGAUAAUACUCAUUUUGAGUGGAUAAAGAGCGUAUUCAUACGUGUGGCUGUUGCGACUAUGGCUGCUCUCUCGUGCCUUCCCGCGUUAUUCUCUUCCAUUACCCCAACCAGAAGCAGAAGCAGCACCAGCACCAGCACAACCCUGCUCAAUGCUCGCCCUCUCACUUUUCACCGAAAGCGAAUGAUGCCAGGGCCCUGCGCACGCUUAGGAGGCGGGGAAGGUGGUGGCAGCAAUGAGGGCGAAAAAAAAAAGUUCAUCACCAAGGAGCAAGAGCCUGAACAGUACUGGCAAACAGCAGCAGAACGAGAUGGAGUAAACCCAAUGUCAACUCCACUUCCAUACAUAGUUAUCUUUGGGUUUUUAACACCAUUCAUUAUUUUGGGAGUGGCAUUUGCUAAUGGUUGGAUCAAAGUGCCAGUGAGAUAGUUGAGCACAGUAGGGAAGAAAUACAUGGGUUCCUUUGGAACAUCUGAUAACUUUUUUUGUUAGUUCCCAUUUUUUGUGGGGCAAGGUGCUUGCAGCGUAACUUUGCAUUCUCUGUACUCGAUUGCAUCUGUGGAUUCUGGGUAAUACUAGCAUAUGGAUUACCGAGUUUUCUUUUUA